AUGGGAAAACGGAAGCUGAAGAGAUCAUCAGAGCUACGGAACAAUAAAAGAAGAAAAGAAGAAGACGCAAAACUUCAAUCUUCGGUGUUUUCUAAAGUUGAAAGCGACGAUGAAAUAGAAAACGUUGAAAUGGAAGACGGCAACGAUGAGGCAGACAGAAAACUUGAAGGCGAAUAUGAAGAGUACGAAACGAAACCAAGGAAAUUCAAUGACCCGGAUGCAAACACGGUGGAAGGAUUGCCGAUCCGUACUGCGGAUGGUACUUUCCACAGACGGGUAAUUCAGAAGGAAAUGCCAAAAGAAGAGGAGGCUGGUGACGAGGAGUCUGAAGCUUCAUCAUCAGAAAGCGAGAGCAAGGAACAGGAACACAAAAAAGGCAAAGGAGACGAUGAAGAGUUGUUUGACGAAGAAAAUGACGAGUCUUACCAGGGCUUGACGCAGGAAGAGAAGAUCAUUAAAACGAAAGAAGACAUUGCUGAAAUGGCACAACUGUUGAUCGAGAACCCGGAGGAAAAUAUCCUACAGCUUUCAAGGUUGAGAAGAAUGUCGAACUCGAAAAACCCAUUCACUGCGAAGUUGGCAAUCCUAGCCAUGGUGCCAGUGUUCAAAAGCAUAUCGCCAUCCUACCACAUCAGACCGCUAAGUGAAAGUGAGAAGAAGGAAAAAGUGAGUAGAGAAGUUGCGAAACUUCGGUUGUUUGAACAGCAUUUGGUGAUAAAUUACAAGCACUACAUAGAUUUGUUAGCCCGAAAAGCAGCAAGAUUUUCGACCCAACCGAAGGUGACCUCAACAGAUGCCGAACUUGGAAUAAUCGCAACCAACGCCGCCUGUGAGUUAGCCACGUCGUUGAGAUUUUUCAACUAUAGAAAGGACUUGUUCAAGAUAAUAACGAGACGAGUGAUGAAAAAGCCACAAAAUGAGUUUGAACUAAAGGCUUAUAAGAAAUGUAUCAGUACCCUAGACUCUUUACUCAUCGAGGAUGCAUCUCAUGGUGAUAUCUCUUUAGAUUUGGUGAUUCUUUUGUCGAAAAGUAUGAGAAGAAGAGAUUAUAACGUCGAUGAGAGUGUGGUUAAUGUUUUCUUAUCUUUGACGGUUCUCAAUGACUAUUCCCCUGACUCAAAUGAACACGAUGAUCAACCAAAAUUGAAGAAGAAAGACAGGAUACAUUUAAGCAAAAAGGAAAGGAAACAAUUAAAGGAAAGGAAACUGAUUGAUGCAGAAAUGAGAACUGCUGAACAAGCUAUUACUGCUGAACAAAGAGAGAAGAACCAAGCCCAAAUCUUAAAAAUGCUACUGACUUUUUACCUAGAAAUCCUCAAAGCAAGACCUGCAAAGCUAAUGGCUGCUGUUCUAGAGAGUUUAUCCAAAUUUGGUUCUUUAGUCAAUGUUGAUUUGAUGGGAGAUUUCUUACAGGUCCUUAGAGAAGUCACGGAAGAGAUUUUGCAAAAUAAAGAUUUGAACAGCAGUGAAGUUAGACAGGUUUUGUUGUGCAUCAUAACGUCAUUCUCGUUAGUUGCAAACUUGCCAACAAAAAAGGUGGUAGUGGACUUGAACAAAUUUGUGGAUUACUUAUACUCGUUGAUUCCUAACCUAGCUCUCGACAUGAACGUUGAGUUUUCGCACAAGACCUUGAGGCUUGUCGAUCCUUUGGCCACAACUGAACUCAAUUUGAAACCUUCUGUUAAUAUUUCAACAAAAGCUGAGUUAUUGUUGAGGUGUCUGAACGCCAUCUUUUUCAAUAGCAAGAGUGGAUCUAGCAAAAGAGCUUUAGCCUUCACAAAAAGACUGUAUUUGGCUUCGUUACAUUUACCAGAAAAAUCUACAAUCGCUUUACUCAAAUUCAUGGAAAAACUUAUCGCUAGGUAUGAUGAAAUCAAAACUCUUUAUUCAACAGAAGAUAGGGUUCAAAAUGGUGUCUAUCAUCCUGAAGUUGAUGAGACUGAGAGAGCUAAUACCGAAGUUGCUGUUCUCUGGGAAAACGUUCUUUUGGACAAGCAUUACAGUAAUAGUGUUGCAAUGGGUGCAAGACAUUUGUUCAAAAAUGCUAAAUAA